GUUUCCCCUCGGCAAUCAGGGGUGUGGAAUUCAGCCUUUCUAAAGGACCAGAUAAGAGAGUGGGGUGGGAAGGGGUGGGCUGUCCUGGGCUGCAGGGAACAGCCCUACCAUGGGGAAGAGCACUAUCCUGGGGCUCACCACAACACCGCAACACCACAACGCUACUACAGAGACCCCCGUGGGGAGCAAUGCCGCCGCAGAGAACAAUGGCCCCCCGGGCAACAGCUCCACUCUAGGGAACAGUACUACCGUGGAGAACACUGGCCCCCUGGGCCGCAACACCUUGGGCCACAGCACCGCCUCCGGGACCCAGCGUAUCUUGAGGAACAGCGCAAUCACAGGGAGCAAUGCCGCUACAGAGACCCAAACCUCGCAGAUCAACAGUAUCUUGGGGAACAGUAUCGUCGCAGGGAUCCAUACUAUCCUGGGGAACAAAACCCAGGGGAGCAACAGUAUCGUGGGGAGUACUACCGCUGCAGGGACCGAUGUCCUGGGGAGCAAAACCUCAGAGAUCUACGUUUCCUUGGGGAGCCGUCUCACCAUCGGGACUCAGGCCUCGCCGAGCAACAGUAUCUUGGGGAGUAUCACCACCGACAGCCAAACCCUGGGAAACAGCGCUAUCUGGGGGAACAGUUCCACCACCGAGAACCAAGCCAUGGAGAACAACGUUACCUCGCGGAGCAUUUCCAGCCCCGGCAAGCAAGCCCCACAGAACCUCGAUACCUUGGGGAACAACGCCAUCACCCCGGAGGACGUUUCAAUGGGGAACGCCUUCUCGGAGAGCGGCUCCCUGGGGAACAGCGGUUCACUGGGGACCAAUCCCUGCUUGGGGACCAACGUCACCGCAGAGACCAAAACCCCGGAGGAUAUCAUCCCGGAGAACAAUACUACCGCGGGGAACAGUUCCGCCACAGGGAACAGCAGUGCCACCCUGGGGAACAGUCUUACCGCAGAGAACCACGACAUGUCGGGGAACAAAAUUUCCGAGAACGUCACCCUGGGGACCGUCUCCACAGAGAACAAUGUAUCCCUGGUGAUCAGCGAAGACACUUUGGGGAGCGGUACUACCACAGGGACUCAAGUCUGGAGGACCAGUGUUACCAUGGGGAACGCCAACAUAGAGAGCAAAGCUUUGGGGAACAAUACGGUCCCUUUGGAGGAGGACGCUUUGUGCUUGGAUGCUGGGAUAAACGAAACUGCGCUAUGUGGUGGUGAGCCUAGCUCUGGAGAAAGUACAGAAAACAUCAGCUUAAGGGAGUUUAUCUGCAACAAGACAGCCCAAGGGUCACUGCUGACCAGAGAAGAACUAGUGAUGGUGCUGGGCAGGGCCCAGUGUAAGGAUCCAGGGAUGGCACAGACUCUGACCCUAAUCUUUAGCUACUCCAACCUCACAGAACUCCUGGGCGCGUUUGGCCAGCUAAAUGACUCUGCCUGCCAUUUAGCUACUCUGAAGGCUUUGUGGACCAUUAUGCUCCAGCACCAACUGGAUUUUAAGGAUACCCUGUCCCUGCGCUGGUGGUUCCAGGUUCUCCUCUGGCCCUUUCUGGUAUCAUUGUCCAGAGAAGAUCUACGAUGCUUUUCACUUGGUGCCCUGGACUGUGACCAAUACCAGGCCAUGUAGGUUUACCAGGCACUGGACCCCUUUUCCAUCUUCCCAGAACCUAGAAGGGGAGGCCAAUCAGAAUCAACAACUUUAUUUCCCCUGAUAUGGAAGGUGUUUGGGCUUUAUUUUCUCAAAACAGAGAACCAGAUGCAGAGCCCUGGGUUGUGGCUGGCAGGUGGAGAGGAGAAAUGUCCUUAAGAAAGCCCUAAGUCUGUGGCUGUCACCCUUGGGAAUCCCUAGGUCUGGACAGGUUGAAAUAUAGCCGUCACCCUCAGGAAAUUCAGUCUCAGUAGAAGACAUUUCUCCCAUCCUUGGGAAAUAUUUAGUCUGAGGAGAGAUCUGCAUUCUUUUUCCCCUUCCCCACCAGGAAUCCUUCAGCCUAGCUCCCAUAAGUCUGAAGGGGAACCAUGGUCUCUGUCUUCAUGACUGAAGGAGAUAACAUCUCCCCUUCCUGAUGGACCACUCAAUCUGAGAGGGAGACAAAAUCCCCCCCCAUCAGGGAGCCUCCAGUUUAGGGGGACACUACCUCUGCCAUCAGGAAUCCCCCUUCCAGAGGGAGUGAUGUGGUCCCUGCUCUUGGUGAGCACCCAGGCUGAGGAGGAGACCUUGCUCCUCACCCUUAGGGAGCCUCUGUUAUGGACAGAGGGAGUCCCCUUUCUCCCCUUCAGAAAGGGGGAGACACAGCCCUUGCUUCCAAGGAGCCCCCAGUCUGAGGGAUGAGACACUGUCCUCAUAUCUGAAGGGGAGAUAAUGGCCUCCAUUCUCCAUUCUCUGAAGGAGACACAUGGCCCUUGGCCUCAGGGAGCCCCCUUCCUAAGAGGAAAGACCAAACCUCAGUCUCCGAUAAACUCACACAGUGAGGAACUGCAUCACCAGAAGAAGGAUUGGCAGAACUUGGAGGCCUCCAUUACUGGGCACAUAAACUGUUUUCCCAAUCAGGUUCCCACUCUAAAGCCUCAGGCAUCCUGUCUCAUCC